GCUGGCAUCAACUUCCAUCCUCUAGGCGACCGCUUUCACGUAGCCUUGACAAUUCCCACCAUGGAGCCCGCCAUCACCGCCCUUCAUUCCUCUUCACACAACACCGACACCAUGUCCGAACCACAAUACCUCAAAAUGGAGGACGUCCAUCACAGCACAUCGGCGUCGCCCGCCCCCUCGGCAGCCACCGACAGCGCCGCCUGGUCAACAUCAUCACCCGCACCCAUCGUCGUGCAAUCAAAACCCACGAAGAAGCGAAAGUCAUGGGGCCAGGCAUUGCCCGAGCCCAAGACGGCGCUACCACCUCGCAAGCGCGCGAAGACCGAGGACGAGAAGGAGCAGCGCCGGAUAGAACGCAUCAAGCGCAACCGCGCUGCAGCUCACAACUCCCGCGAGCGCAAGCGACAAGAGACCGAGGACCUCGCCGUCAAGCUCGCCAAGGCCAACGCUGAGCUCGCCGCCUUCAAGGCUCACUUCGGCGAACUGCCAUCACACAUCGUUCUCCCUGAAGUCAAGGUGGAAGUCGACGACUCGGGCGUCAUAACAGCCUCCGCAGCCACACCAGCACCUUCACUCACGGAAUCACAUGGCUCGCAAAAAGACCCAGCAAGUCCAACACCACCCGCCGACGACCACGCAUUCCACCACAUUAAGAUGGAACCCCAAGACAUUCCCGUUCAACUCAACGUCCCACAAUACGAGGACUCGAAGCUGUCUGCUCUCACGCCGCUCGACCUGACACAACAUUCUGCAGCAAUGUUGUGCAAUGACCUGCAGUGUCGGUCGAGCCGCAUGACCAGCAGUACGGCUUCGGCAGUAUCGUGGACCCAUCUUUUUUCUCUGAUGAAUUUCAACCUCCAGAACUGCUACAAGACACUUCUAAUAGCUUUGUGGACAACUUCGCCUUCGCGGAUGGAGCGCAUGAUGCAAGCAUCAGCGGCUCGCUCUUCUCGUUCGAUGAGUUCCUCAACGUCAACGAAGAUUCGCACUUGGCGGUCGACGCCCAGACGUCUGGCGCGGUCUAGUACUGCGACGGGUCACAGCGCACCGCUUCAGCGCGAAUCUUCUACUGACAACGAGAAAUCUCAGACUUCGACUAGGGAUCAGAGCGCUAUGAAGCGAGCAGCGCGUGCUCACCAGAAGGGACAGGCGGCGUUAAAGGAUAGGAUACCAUCAAAUGAGGGAUUAGCGAUUGGGAAUGAGGGGUAUGAAAGCAAUGGCGUUGCGGACGGAUGACUAUCUCAGCUUGAAUCGGUGGUAUACUUUUGCUACUGCCAUGAGCGAUGGACUACGUAUGACUUUUACUGUAGCCAUGAAAAGCUCUUUACGUUUCAUGAACCAUAUCUUCUCACCUUGCUCACCGCGUCUCUUCACCGCAACAGUAUUGCUACCACUGGGUCUUUGACCCUGAUGCAACACACCGC